AUGGACUGUGUGGACAUGGUGGACACUCAGCUGCAACGCCAGCACCACCCCCAGCACCUCUGCCAUACCCAGCACCACCCCCAGCACCACUGCCAUACCCAGCCCCAAUCCAAACCCCAGCGCCUCUGCCAUACCCAGCACCUGUGCCAUACCCAGCCUCAAUCCAAACCCCAGCGCCUCUGCCAUACCAGCACCUGUGCCAUACCCAGCCUCAAUCCAAACCCCAGCACCUCUGCCAUACCCAGCACCUGUGCCAUACCCAGCCUCAAUCCAAACCCCAGCGCCUCUGCCAUACCCAGCACCUGUGCCAUACCCAGCCUCAAUCCAAACCCAGGCGCCUCUGCCAUACCCAGCACCUGUGCCAUACCCAGUCUCAAUCCAAACCCCUGGGAAAGCACCACUGCCAUACCCAGCCUCAUUCCAUUACCCAGCACCAGCACCACUGGCAUUCCCAUUCUCAGUCCUAGCCCCUACUUCACUGCCAUAACCAGCCUCAGACCCAGCACCACUGCCAUACCGCUCCUCAGUCCUAGCCUCAGUCCAAGCCUCAGUCCAAGCCUCAGUCCUCACCUCAACACCAUUGCCAGCCUUAGCAUCAUUCCCAGCACCACUGCCAUACCCAGUCUCAGUCCCAGCCUCAGUCCAAGCCUCAGUCCAAGACUCAGCCUCUGCACCAUUGCCAGACCCAGUCUCAGUCCAAGCACCACUGCCAGCCCCCACCUUAGUCCCAUACUCAGCACCACUGCCAGCCCCAGCCUCACACCCAGCACCACUGCCAGCCCCAGCCUCACACCCAGCACCACUACCAGCCCCAGCCUCACACCCAGCACCACUGCCAGCCCCAGCCUCACACCCAUCACCAUUGCCAGCCCCAGCCUCACACCCAGCACCACUGCCACCAGCCAUCUGAGGCAGCAGCACCUCACCACACCGGGCCGCCUGGCCUGUCUGAUCCACUCCACCAUGACCCUACGGACAGAGAUAAUGGUUUGUCUGUUCGCUUGGAGAAGGUUGUUGUGUCAUCAGAAAAUACCUCUAAUCCUGGAGGUGGCCGGUCUGCGCCGCUAA